AUGGAGAAAGGCUUAGGACCCCAUGAUGCACCACCCUAUCCAGGACCCCCUCAACACUACAACGGUAUGAAUGUGGCUCCUCAGCCAGGGUUCCCAGUUCCCUCAUACCCUGCCCAGACUGGAUAUCCAGUCCAGCCAGCAGUCCAGCCAGCUGCAGGUGGCUAUCCUGCUCCCCACCAGGGAGCUAUAGCCACCACAAUUGUGGUCCAACCCCCUGCACUGACUGAUGUGUCAGGCCAGACCUUUUGCCCCCACUGCCGGCAGCAGAUCUUGACUUUGACUGAGCACCAGAAUGGUCUACUCACCUGGCUCGCCUGUGCUACACUUGGCAUCUUCCUGUGCUGGCCCUGCUGCCUGAUUCCUUUCUGUGUAGACUCGUGCAAAGAUGUACACCACCACUGUCCCAACUGCAACUCAACUGUUCAUAUAUACAAACGGGCCUAG